CUUAAUUCCAUAAAAACUUUCUGGGCUGAACUCCGAAUGUAGCACAACCGGCCCAACUUCUAGAACUUAUCCAUACGUUACAAUACGCAGAGCGGCAGAGGCUCCAUCAUCUAUAAAUAAUUAACCACCUGUUAUCUCUUGUUCACCACUGCCUUGCGCCCACAAAAUAAUACUAAAAAAGCUCACUUUUAAGUCAAACAUGGAAGGCAUUGAGCACAGAACGAUCAGCGCCAAUGGCCUCAACAUCCACGUAGCCGAAAAGGGCCAGGGCCCCACCGUCCUCUUCAUCCACGGCUUCCCCAAGCUCUGGUACUCCUGGCGCCACCAGAUCCAUUUCCUCGCCUCCCACGGCUACCGCGCGGUGGCGCCUGAUCUCCGUGGCUACGGAGACACCACGGGGGCCCCACUCGAUGACCCGUCCAAGUUCAGCGUGCCGUAUGUCGUCGGCGACCUGGUGGCGUUGCUGGACGUGGUGGCGCCGAAGGAGAAGGUGUUUGUGGUGGCGCAUGACUGGGGUGCGUAUAUUGCGUGGCAUUUGAGUUUGUUUAGGCCGGAUAAAGUGAAGGCUUUGGUGAGCUUGAGUAUUCAUUAUUUGCCGAGGAAUCCGGAUUUUAAAGUCAUUGAUGCAAUGAAAGCUUUGUAUGGGGAGGAUCAUUACAUGGUUAGAUUCCAGGAACCGGGGGGUAUGGAAGCCGAAAUCGCAAAUAAUAUCGGUACAAAAACAUUUUUGAAGAAAUUUUUGUCACACCGUGAUCCUGCUCCAUGGUUCUUCCCUAAGGGGAAGGGUUUCAAUGGAGACUCUACAGAUUCUCCCCUGCCAUCUUGGUUAUCCGAAGAUGAUCUCAACUAUUAUUCCACCAAGUACGAGCAAACCGGCUUUACUGGUCCUCUCAAUUAUUACCGAGCUUUUGACUCGACAUGGGAGCUUACCGCGCCUUGGACCGGAGCUCAGGUGAUGGUACCGGCAAAACAUAUCGUUGGCGAAUUUGACUUGGUUUACAAUAUGCCUGGCGCCAAGGAUUUUAUACACAAGGGCGAGUUCCAGAAAUAUGUUCCAUUGCUGCAGGAAGUGGUUGUAACGGAAGGAACUGCCCACUUCAUCAAUGAAGAAAAGCCGGAUGAGAUCAACAACCAUAUCUACCAGUUUUUUAAGCAAUUUUAAGAUUUUUAAAUUCGAACAAAUAAUCGUCUAUUUGUCAUGGCCUGUUUGGGAACCAGGAUUUCAUUUGAAAUUCUGGAUUUGAUCAAAUAACUUGUUUGGAAAUUUGGAUUUGGAUUUCAUUUGAAAUCCACACAUUCAAAUGUUACUAUAAAUCUGACAAUUUGAAAUGACAACUCAAAUUCUAUCAUUUGAAAUCAUUUUGAAAUGAAAUGCAUGUUUACAAA